CUGAAGCACCUCAGAGCUCCGACCUCCAAGUUCUCCUCCACCGCCACCGCCCUCAUCGCACCCCGGCUCACCUUUUCAUCCCACCCACCCCCUUCGCUGUUCAGUGGUGUCCUGCGCGCCUGCAAACCUGCCUGGUGAUUUAGUAAACUGCUCCCCGCUCCUGUUCCUGUUCCUGCUCCUGCUCCUCCUCCUCCUCCACCUCCUCCUGCCAGCUCUCGCUCACGCCUCCUCUUCCAGUCGGGGCACCCAGACUUCGCAAAGCGCAGCGCCUGCCGCCUGCAGCGCCACGGGGCAGCCCAGCGCAUCGCGCUCCCAGCUCCUUCUGGCCGCAGCCAGGGGGCACGGGCGCUGGCAAAGGACGCUCGAGGGCCCAACGCCCCUGGACUCAGCGUGCUCCAGAGCUGGGUGUUGAGAGAAGCUGUGCUUUCAUAAAGCUCGGGAGAGAACGGAGCGCGUUCGGUGUGAGACUUGGGGAGCCAGCGGGACGCCCUAGGUCGCCCAGUACGACGCGACUGCACGCACCGUCCACAAGGAACCCUCCAUUCAGAAGAAAUGCUGUGGUGCUUCCUUUUACCCCAUACAAAAUGGAACAUAAGAAACUACAAAGCUGAACAAACUACAAUCUUCUUAUAAAUGAGAGGCACUGAAGUCUGAGCAGUUUCCAGCUGAGGGAAAAUAACCAAUAGCUUCUCCACAGUGUAGAUCAAAGCAGGGAAAACAUGAAUAUCACUAACUGUACCACAGAAGCCAGUGUGGCUGUGAGACCCAAGACCGUCACUGAGAAGAUGCUCAUUUCCAUGACUCUGGUGACCAUCACCACCCUGACCAUGUUGUUGAAUUUGGCCGUGAUCAUGGCCAUCUGUACCACCAAGAAGCUCCACCAGCCUGCCAACUACCUGAUCUGUUCUCUGGCCGUGACGGACCUCCUGGUGGCAGUGCUCGUCAUGCCCCUGAGCAUCAUGUACAUUGCCAUGGAAAGCUGGAAACUAGGGUACUUCAUCUGUGAGGUGUGGCUGAGUGUGGACAUGACCUGCUGCACCUGCUCCAUCCUCCAUCUCUGUGUGAUUGCCCUGGACAGGUACUGGGCCAUCACUAAUGCUAUUGAAUAUGCCAGGAAGAGGACGGCCAAGAGGGCUGGGCUGAUGAUCCUCACCGUCUGGACCAUCUCCAUCUUCAUCUCCAUGCCCCCUCUGUUCUGGAGGAGCCACCGCCAGCUGAGCCCACGCCCUAGUCAGUGCACAAUCCAGCAUGACCAUGUCAUCUACACCAUUUACUCCACACUGGGGGCAUUUUAUAUCCCCUUGACUUUGAUACUUAUUCUGUAUUACCGUAUUUAUCAUGCAGCCAAGAGCCUUUACCAGAAAAGAGGAUCAAGCCGGCACUUAAGCAACAGAAGCACAGAUAGCCAAAAUUCUUUUGCGAGUUGUAAACUUACACAGACUUUCUGUGUGUCUGAUUUCUCCACCUCAGACCCUACCACAGAGUUUGAGAAGAUCCACACCUCUAUCAGGAUCCCUUCCUUCGACAAUGAUCUAGAUCACCCUGGAGAACGGCAGCAAAUCUCUAGCACCAGGGAGCGCAAGGCAGCACGAAUCCUAGGACUGAUUUUGGGUGCAUUCAUUUUGUCAUGGCUGCCAUUUUUCAUCAAAGAGUUGAUUGUAGGUCUGAGCAUCUAUACAGUGUCCUCUGAAGUGGCUGAUUUUUUGACGUGGCUCGGUUAUGUUAAUUCUCUGAUCAACCCUCUGCUCUACACAAGUUUUAAUGAAGACUUUAAGCUGGCUUUUAAAAAGCUCAUUAAGUGCCGAGAACAUACUUAGAUUGCAAAAAGCCAAAAAGCAUCACUUUUACCAGCCUUGUGAGUGGACAAGGGUAAGGGGUGCAACUUACCAAUUUGUGAACAUAGUUGGUUCAGGAAAUUUUGUGAAGUAGUGUGGUCUUUUUGUUUGUUUUGUUCUGUUUUGUUUGAGGUUUGUUAUUUGGUGUGCCGUUUUCUACCUCUGGUUUUAUUGUGGUACAUGAUUUCAAAUAAACAUUAUCAUAUAAAGACAGAAAUUUCAUAGAAAUAAUAAUAAGGUGAAAUAGUAACUACUUUUUUUAGCCAUUUCAGUUAAUCCUGCAAUUAAAGAAUGCCAAAAUAAAUCUUCAUUUGCAGAAUUUCUUAUUACUUAUAAAUCAAAUACCUGAUAAGUUACCUUCGUGUGGCAUUAAACCUGGGGUCAUGGCUCCAUAUUUGUGCAAAUUUUAGUGGGAACUGCAUGACUCCAUAAAGCAUUUUUUAAAAAGUGAUGUGCUGCCAUCUGCUUGCAGACCUGAACCAAAGUCAUUUACUGUGACUACAUCCUUUUAGGUGCAAAUAGUACAGCUGAUGUAUCCUUUUUAGUUCAUGAUUAAAUACGCUUCCUUAUUCUCUAAAGAGAACCUGGAAUGAAUCCUCUGCUUUCCUGGGUCUUUAACUAUGAACAUGAAACAUAAACAAAUACAAAAUAACCUAAAUAUACUUCGGUCCAUGUGUUGCUAUACUACCUGACAGGCACACUGGACUUCCUCCUAUUCGGAGAAGUGUCCCCCUAAGCCUCGCACACACUCCCUCAUGCUGACAGGAUUCAGGUGGGAGUACAAGCAGUUUCACAGGGUGGGGUGAUCAAAUGAAGGAAUAUAUUAUCUGAAGAACUGUGCUGGAGAAUGCUACUCAUUAAAUUACCAGUGUGCACUUGGAAAAACAAAAGUUGAACAUCUGUGCUUACACCCAUCAAGGAGAUGAGUGUGAAAUUGUGACCCCUGGAACCUCUGUGGCUUCCAUGCCAGACUGCACCCUGGGGCCAGGAGGCUACAGAUGGGACCUGAGGCCACACGCGCCUCUCCUCAGCUGGGGUGACUGCUCUAGUCACGAGGAGGAGCUUACCGCUAAGUCACGAGUGAUGACAGAAGGGAAUGAAAGUUUGUAAAUGCUUGUGCACUCUCAAGUCAGUGACUGUUCUACACCUCUGCUCCUCAUCUCAGCCACAGCUUCUCCUCAUCUCUUCACCCUCCAAGGGUCAUAUCUCUUCUUGGUUUACAGAGAAGACCUGCAGUUGCUCCCUCUCCACCUCCAUGUUUUUGCCUUAAAUCUAAGCUCUCUAACCUUUUCUGUAAUCUUGCACCUCUCUCCUUUGCCCCCAACUUCUUUCCCCCAUACCUCUCCUCCCUCACUUCCCCCCUCCCUACCUCCCAUCCCUUCCUCUCCCCACUCUUCUUGAAUCUCACCUUUUCAUUUGCUCAAGUCCCUUGGACACUAGUGUAUACUUCCCCUGACCCUGCUUCCCACUCAAGCUCCUGCUUCGUCUCUCUCCUGUCUCUCCCACCUGAGCUUCUCCACUCGUCAAUCCUUCAUUCUGCUCCACCUCUCACCUUCCACUGACUUUCACAUCCUUUGCCAUCUGGGUGUGCCCUUCCUAGCUCUCCUGAAACACAUCUCCCAGUAGGCAAAUAUAGUGGCCUUCCCUCUGUCCUCAUCUGCUUCACAAUCUGUCAUCAGGUAAAACAGCUAAGGGGAGCCUGGGUGGCUCAGUCGGUUAAGCAUCAGACUCUUGGGUUUCGGCUCAGGUCGUGAUCUCAAGUUUCGUGAGGUCGAGCCCCACAUUGGGCUCUGCCCUGACAGCACAGAACCUGAUUGGAAUUCUCUCACUCCCUCUCCCUCUCUUUCCCUCUCUGCUCCUCCCCUGUUCACAUGUGCGUGCUCACU